AUGGACAUUGACGCGGCCCUAUCGAGCAGCAGCGGUGAGGACGGCGCCAAUCUCGCUUCUGGUGCAGGGAGAGGGGGCAAGCGCCAGACCCGACUGAAGCCUAGGCACUCUUCCGAAACACCGAAACCCCAGGAAGAUGGCCGGUAUCGACCACAAGAUGCAGUGGAAGCGCGUUUCGGGGGGCGAUCAAAAUGGUUCCCGGGCAAGGUCCGCCGUGCCUACGAGGGGCGUGAGGGGCGACUGCUGUACGACGUAGAUUUCGACGACGGAGAUGAGGAAGAAGGCGUCCUUGCCGGAAGGGUGCGUCGACCGGGGCAACGACCACCUUCACUGAGUGCGGGCUUAGUGGUGGACAUCAAGCUGGCAAGGAAGGGCAAGGGGUACCACCCCGCGACCAUCGGCAGAGUGAAUGACGACGGCAGCCUGUACGUCAAGCUAGACGACGGCGAUUCCGAGUGGAGCCUACCCGCGCAGCAGGCGAUUCCGAUCUAUCCCUACACUCCGCCUCUCGAUAAAACGAACGCUGGUGCGAGUGACGGCCAGUUGGCAGCCCCUGAGUCGGCCAGGGACGAGAACAACAGAGCAGAACCUCAUGACGACGCCGACGACCAAAUAGGACCGAACAGCACCAGCCCCCGUGCCGCUGAGGAUGUCCCGCCUGCUUCUUCGGAUAGAAGCAACAACGCCGCAGGGCACCAAUCCUCCGCCGCCAGUACCGCGUCCGGACCAUUGCCGCCGUCGUCGUCGUCCGACGGCGGUGCAGAAAAGCAAAGCGGCCAAAACAGCGACAAAAACGGCGGUGCAGAAGAGAAAAGCGACCAGAGUGGCAGCGGCGUAAGCUGGAUUGCCGACCUGGCAAAGUCUGUAGAGACGCCAACACCUGUGGCACAACUAUCCGAUUCUGCGGCAAGGACCGACGCGGGUGGAAAGCGUAGCGAAGCUGGUGAUGAUAGUGGUAAUCGCGACGGCGGCGGCGGCGGCAGCGGGCUUGACUGGAUAACAGAACUGGUGUCCCCACUAGCGCAACCCAGUGCACGUGAGUCGUCGUCAUCCGGCGGGGAAGCAAGCGCAGAAGGGGGCCCACCCGUAGCGGUCGGUAACCUCUCGCCGGUACCUAUCACGCAGACCCCGGCGUUCGCACGCGGUCAUGGUCCCAGCACCCCGUUAGCGACGAAAACGCCGCCACCGCGAGCCGUAAAACCGCCGCAUCUCGAGUGGAAGCCUAUCACGGACGGUUCGGCGAAACGAAGGUGGGGCGCGCCUCCUCCGGAAGUGGAUGCGGACAAGAGCAAGGAUGGCAAGGAGACGGAACCGCAGCAGCGACAACAGCUACCGAAUUCCCCACCGAGGCUGUCCCGAAGCACAGCGGCACCAGACUCUACCCGCUCACUGUCGACGGACGCGGCUCCUCCAGCUGAUGCCCCAGCUUCGAGCAGCGCCGCGCGCGCCUCCGCGCCAAAAAUCGCUCUCCCUGCGGGGCAACGAGAGCCAAAAGCAACGACGAAUGUCAGCGAUGAGGGCAAUGCGUCGAUCACUUCCACCGCCACGAUUUCUUCGCAAGGGGCGAGAUCGGGAGGCAGGCCCUCAACGGUACCCGUGGCCGGAGGGCGUACGCCCGGCCCCGAGGUGCGCGAGCACGAUGACACGAACACGCAGCAGUCAUGUGACGCUUCCAGCGGAGCGACGGCAGAAAAUCUGGGAGGCUUGCAAGAUAACCAGGGCACGGAGAUGCUUGCGACGCAACAAAAGGGAUUCGCAAGCUUCCAGUCGUCAGGGUCAGUAAACGCCACCGUACUUCCACCCGCUGAGGGGGCACAGAUUGCGCUACCACCGGUGCAGAAGAAAGGUGUUCCGGAAGGGCAAAGCGUCCGUGGUGGGAGCAGCCGGUGGGACAUCAUCCGGUCUUCAGUGCAGCGUCGGUUUGCCGCCGAAGCAAUGCAUCUUUCUGAGGAGGUGCGACUUCUUACAGCCCAGCUCGCGGCGGCGGAGGACAAAACACAGGCCAGGCUGGUGCAGCAAGAGCGGAAGCUCGUCCGGCAGAUGGAUGAAGUGCUGAAGCGCGAGCGUGACAAGAUGCAGGCGCUCUUGAGCGAGGAGAGGGCGUCUAGCGCCCGACGUAUCAACGCCCUGAAGGGGGAGGUCGAUGCCGCGAGGCGGCAGCUAGAGCUUGAGAGAAGACGCAGCGAAAAGGUGAGGACCGGCACGUUAACAACCAUUACACAGAAAAUGUGUAGACUACAGCCUAUAGACCAGGCUUUUGGACAGGAACGGCGGUUUCCGGGUCAUGCGCCAGAAUCCACUACCACCCGCUCUCUACGGGCCACGUCAAGCGGUGGGCAAGCUUUCUUGAGCGGGCGACGGGCGAGAACGUCUCCUCCGCUCGACCCCACCACCGGAUCGGUUAGAGGAAGAGAGAAGACGCGCGGCACCGUCACUAGCUACGACCCCGCCCACGAGGCUCCAGGUAGAUCGGCAAGCACGAUGAGGCGCCCUCGUUCCACUUCAAGUGCACGGGUUUCCAGAACAGGGCCGUGGGGCUUGUCGGACAGAGAUGCAGAGCGGCGUCAUCCUCCACCGCCCCAGUUGUCGCUCGCGACGUCAAGCUCCGGUAGCGGCCGAAACGCUUCCUCGGCCGCCAGUGCCAGUGAAGGCGCAAGAAGGACGAUUUCCUCAGAACGGUUGGGGCACACAUCGCCUUCGUUGCUCUCCCCAUUGUCUUGUGGCGGUAGUGAUGGUGGUGGUGGUAGCGACGGCAAGGGUGUGGAUUAUCUUGCCCUCGAAAACAUAUUGAGAAAUGUCCUGGCGACCGUCGCGGAGCCAUCCUCCUCCAAAGAAGAGUCGUCGUUUCACAACCUAAAGCGAAACGACGACCAAGACGACUACAAAGAAGCGUUUGGAUCAGAAGAAGAGGCAUACGAAGAGCCGGCGCCGCCGCCUCCACGGCAACGGGAACGAGGGCCUGCCCACACAGAGAGAGCCGUCAGCGACGGCCACCGCGAACAAAGCUCGCGCUGGCGGCUGGAGACGGAGCGGCGAGACACGCGUAGACGCCUGGAGGCCAUGAAGGGCGAGGUGGAGAGAGUCGUGGGACAGUUUCGGGCUCGUGCGGAGAGGGCGGAGGCCGCGGCUGCUUCCGCGGAGCAAAGAGCUAAGGUCAAGGCGCUGAGAUAUCUGCGAUCGAAACGCUCGCCAUCCACCGCCGCAGGGUUUGAUUGA